GAAGCAGCAGAGAGCUCGAAGCAGUAAAACCCUAGUAGAAUCAUGGUGAAGCUCACGGCUGAUUUGAUCUGGAAAAGUCCUCACUUCUUCAAUGCUAUCAAGGAGCGAGAAUUAGAUCUACGAGGUAACAAGAUUCCUGUAAUCGAAAACUUGGGUGCUACUGAGGACCAAUUCGAUACGAUUGAUCUGUCUGAUAACGAGAUAGUUAAGCUAGAAAACUUUCCAUACCUCAACCGCUUAGGAACUUUGCUCAUCAACAACAAUCGUAUCACCCGGAUAAAUCCUAACCUUGGAGAAUUCCUGCCGAAGCUUCACUCUUUGGUUCUUACAAAUAACAGGCUCGUGAAUCUGGUUGAAAUUGACCCCCUUGCCUCCAUUCCCAAGCUGCAGUACCUUAGUUUGUUGGAUAAUAAUAUCACCAAAAAGCCAAAUUAUCGCCUUUAUGUGAUUCACAAGCUAAAAUCACUUCGAGUACUGGAUUUCAUAAAAAUCAAAGCCAAGGAGAGAGCUGAAGCUGCAGCUUUGUUUUCAUCCAAAGAAGCAGAAGAGGAAGUUAAGAAGGUUUCUCGGGAGGAGGUCAAAAAAGUGCCAGAAACUGCAGAAAAUCCAGAGACUCCGAAAGUGGUGGCGCCAACACAGGAGCAAAUAUUAGCGAUCAAGGCUGCAAUUAUCAAUUCUCAGACGAUAGAAGAAAUUGCCAGACUCGAACAGGCUUUGAAGUUUGGCCAGGUUCCUGCUGGCCUGAUAAUUCCUGAUCCGGCCACAAAUGACUCUGCUCCCAUGGAGGAAUAGAAAGUGUGACUGUUGCUGCCUCCAAUCGUUGUAGCUGCUGCUCGAGAAUGCUCACAGCAAUUGUUUCUGGCGAGCUUGCUGUCCUGUAAGGUUUCUGUCACUUCCUUAGGAACUCAUGAGCAACAGUUGGAACCUGUAAACUAUUUACUGCUCGAGGCAUCUGUUUUUGAACC